GAGAGAGAGAGAAGAGAGAGAGAGAGAGGGAGGGAGAGCGAGAAGAUAGAGAGAUUCGCGAAAAAUAUCCAAACAAAUGGUAUUCGGCGAUGACUUAAAGUAAUCGCGAAUCGGACGUAUAUAAGGACAGACUUAUAUAAGACGGUCGAUUUUUCUUUCUGCUGUGCGUACUGCGGUAAACUCGAGCGAAUCGUCGGGCAGGAAAGUUCGAGGGAAAGCAGAAUUUCAGCGAAGAUCGAUAUUGGACUACGUGAAAAAUCAUCUCAACCCUCUUGCGACUGCGACAAGAACACGAGAGAUACGAGGGAAUGACGGAAAGAGGUAGCCGACGAGCCGCUGCUAGGACAAGCCUGUGUCUGCUGGCGGCACUCGUGCUGUCCUGCGCUACAAGUGGCAGGAACACGGUUAACGCGUUUCCGCAACCGGAACCACCGCCACCGCCGAUUUUCUUCGGCGACGUCGCCGCAGACGAGGCGGAAAAUCUUAUGCUGAUGAACCGUCUAAGGCAGUUGAUGGAGCAGAAACACCGGGUGGUCGAGCAAGAACAUGACAUCACCGACGAGCAAAUCGAGAUCCAGGCGGUGCUAGAAGCGAAGACGCGGGAAAAACAACGCGCAAUGAUGGUGGAGCAACCACCGCCGCCAGAGUACAUUGAGGAACCGGAAGCGCUGCCGGUACCCGAGGCCAUAAUCCACCACCCUGUCGAGCAACAACACGCGGGCAAACGACACGGCACGAACGCGGUCAGCUACAUGUCCCUGUGCCACUUCAAGAUCUGCAACAUGGGACGUAAGAGGCAAUCGAAAUAAGUCUCCGUAAAAGGCAGUCGCGCGAGAGGCGGUUUGAAACGGACGGCGGGCGCGGCGAGGAGCUGAGGAUCUAGGAGACCUCAUUGUGCUUUAAAGAAACAUUAAGUAAAAGAUCAAUAAAAUUGGCAGCUUGCCACUGGUCAACUGGAAAAAUUUAAGUUAAGAGGGAGAUAGCAACGACGAGCGAUCGAAUUUAUUAUUAAGUUGUUUUAAUCUUCAUUCCUCCUCUGAAAUAUUUUUCUAUAAAAAAGAAAAGAAAAGAAACGGAAAAGUAUCGAAAAUUUGUCACCUUUAAAAUCUGUACUCUUGUAAAUUUGACUUGUAAAUAUUUCGGUGUAUUUAACAAAUACACCGAAAUAUUUAAGUUAGCCAAGUUAGCCAAGUUAUUCGUCGAAAAAACGUAAUGAGGAAGAGACGUGCGAUUUUCGAAACGAGGGAAACUCAACCCCUUAGUGGAUUCUGGAACUUGGUGGUCAUCGCUCCUCCUUGCUAUCCCUUCGGGACAAAUGAUCGCCACCAGUAUUACACGCCACGUACGCAUGUGCACGCACGCCACGGUGGAUCUACGUUCGUUACAGCGCGAAAAGUGAAUCACGCGAAUCGCGAGAUGCGCCAAUGUGACGACCGCUCGACGAGCGCUUCCAUUAACGAACGUCGAUCCUCAUCAGUCCCCCCGUGGUUUCUCCCAAUUUACAAUGUCGGGCGUCGGGGCGAGACAUGCGCGGCUGCAUGCGUAGAGAUAAAAAAAUAUACUGUAACCAUAAAAAAAAAAAGGAAGCAAAACAUUUGUUCGAAAUGUCGAAACCGUCCUCGGCCGCCGGACGAAGGCAGACCGUCCGACUGGUUCGGACGGAGAGGCUACGCGAGCUGGUUCGCCGACUAUGGUUCGUCUGGAAUAUUCGAUGGAUCAACGACGAGGUACUGUUAAGUGGUGGGUCGCGCGAAAAGGCUACGAUAAUCUCCCGAGAAGACAACGCGAUACAUACGAUCGGCUGAUCGGCUGAUUUUUAUUAGCGACUGUAUUCUCCGUUCUUAUAAAAUCGCUAAAAUGCUAGGAGAGUUAAUAAAAAUGAGACUCGGAUGUCUGGUAGCGGAUUGGAAUUUUAUUAUAUUUUUACUGUUGUAUUAUCAAGUGCCAAUAGCAUCGCGAGUUAAUCAGACCUGUGCAAUGUAUGCACGUUCACAUCUCGCGAGAGAAAUUUACAAGAAACGGAUAACGUGAACUGAAUUGAAACGUGUGGCAACGUGUUAAUUGUAAUUAAUUAAUGUGUUGAAUUUGUUACAUGUUAAUUCUUUGUAAAGUACACAUCGAGAACAUGCUGCUGUGAUUGACACAAUCCGACAAUAUUGGCGUUCGGUUAAUAUAUAAUGAUGAUAACCUACCGGUAUACAUAUAUGCGAUAUGUUAACGAUUAUCGAAAAGUUAUAUUGAUCAGCCUUUAUCUCGGUUAUAAUAACAUUUUUCAAUUGUAUAAAAUUGAAAAAUACCGAUAUGCAAUUGGCAUUUUUCAAUAGCGUUUUUAUUAUUUUAUUGAAUAUUUAUUUUCCAAAUAAUUGUUGCGUGUAAACAACUGAGUUCCAGAAAAAUUAUUAGUUAUUCAUACGAUACGUUAUAGCUAUGACAAAUGUUGAGCAAUCUUAUAUUAUUACAAAAACAUUUCGUGGAGGCGCGUGGAAAUGAGAAUCCUUUCCAAGAUUACAGAUAAUAUUGGAAGCUCGAUAGAUGGAUAUUAAAAAUGUAACGAGGGAUUCCAAUAUUCCAAGAUAAUACUAUCUUCUCUCUUAUAUCGAAUCCGAUCUGACUUAUAAAAAAGUGAAGAUAAAAAAGUAAGAUAGGAAAAAAAUCUUUAAAGAUUCCAACCGAUCGUUGAUUGCAAUUUAAUUAUGCACGUGGGAUUACGAGACACAUAUGUUCUGUAAUAAAAAAAAAAAAGAAAAAAAAAAACAGCCAAAUACGAACUAAUAAUUUAUUAAUCUUCGAUUAUAUUUUGAGGCAUGUUUCGAUCGCGAUAUCAAUCGGGUAUCUGGAAUCCCUGGUGAAUUCAACAAGGAAUACAGGCAACAAGAGAAACAUAUAUGGUCAAGGAAACAUAUAUGGUCAUCGCAUGAUGAACUUUGAAAUUACAGCUAAAUUUCCGGAUUUAAGAGAUAAGUAUUUGAUGUAACGACGGAAUAUUUUACAAGAGGAAAAUAUACGAGAAAUGUACAAAAUUACGAAGGACAAUAUAUAAACUUGUUUUUAUGAAACGGAAAAAGAAAAGGCAAACGAGAACAGUAUCGCUUGGAUUUUACACAAAUAACCAAUUAAAUCGAAUAAUGCGUAAAGAUUGAAAUCUGUUUAAUAAUACCUCGUCGAUGAUAAAAAACAGAAAUAAUUUGAUAGUUUCCUUCUUCUUGUAAAAUCAUGUCGACUGUUUAGAGGAAUGGUGCCAAUUAAAUAAUUGCAUAUUUUUAUUUAAAUAAGCAUAACGAUUGAACGAUUGAGUAAAACGAUUAUUUUCGGCGAGAAAGUAGCAGUGUAUAUUGUUGUAACAGCAGAAAGUUAUUUGAGAAAAUUUAUGAAGUUCAAAAAUAAAUGUUAUAUAUGUCGAAAGUGAGUGAUUUGUAUAUUUAUCAAAUAUUGAAAUAUUCCUAAAAUUUUAAUCAUAUAUUUAAUCAUUAGUCCCAAACUUUCUCUCCUUAUCACAACUUGAGCAUUAAACGUGACUGAUCACUCUGCUUGAUAAUAUCUGAAUGAUAACAAGAAUAAAAGUAAUUCAACAAAAAAAUAAAAAAAAGAAAACAGAAAGAGAUUAACAAAUAUAGUGAGCUUCCAAAUAACAUCUCUAACUUGGAAAUAAAAUAUUGAAAUCUUUCAAAUUAUACUUUUGCGCAGAAUAAUAAAUUUUAUUCCUCGACAAAUUAUUUUCAUAAAUAAUUUGAAUUUCUGUGAAAAAAUUUUACCGAGCUCUCUUGAUUCUUUGAAAGAACAAUGAAAGCAAAAGAACGUUCAAGAUUUCUGCUGUGCCGUAUGACGAUAUACAGACAUUUAUACAUUUAUUAAUCGAUGUGGAAGAAAAGGAAGAACUUGACCAACUGUGCGUCAAUUAUUUAAUCGACACCAAUCGAACCGUUUUCACGAUCGCGCCUAACAAGUCGAAUAAGCGUAACAACGAGAGACAAGGUUUAUUCGACAUAAAUCAAAAAGGGAGAAAGAAGAAGAAGAAGAAGAAAUCAAUUUAUGAAGAAAAGGUUCUCCUCCUCGCUCGCGUCACGCAGGACGCUCUUGCGACAUAAAGAAAUUUUAUUUAGCACUAACGAACCGCGCACCAAGAGGUCCGUUCUUUUUAACUGAAUUUCUCGCACGAGUCAUCCUUUCUCUUCUUUUCUCCAACACGAAAGGAAAAAGAGGAAAAAAAAAUCGGGUAAGAAAGUUCAGCUAAAAAGAACAGGCCUAAGGUUUCGUGAGGAAAGUAAGUGACAAAGGAACGAAAGAUCGCGACAUUUCUCACGGCGCAACAUGCGGGCUCCAGAGAAAAAUAGGAGAUCGUAGGCAAUAAUUAAAAAAAAAAAAAAAAAA